AUGUCAAGACCACAUCUUAUUCGCGCUGAUACCAUUGACCUCCAAGCCCACGAGGCACCGUCCGCGCAGAGUCACCACAGGCCGACCGCUGACGGAUCCCUCGCUCCACACCAAGCCGAGACCCUUCGCGAGGUUGCGGCCGAGGUCGCCGAGGAGAACCUCCGGACGCCCGGUGUCUCGUGGAACCCCGGCCCGAACGACAUUCAAGACCUCGCCUCCGCUCUCGAUCGGGCCAACAGUGGCCAGCGAAACGGUAGCGCGGACACCAUGCGAGCUACUGCACACCAAGAUGCACUGGCGAUCGCCCAGAACGGCGGCCUCUCCGGCCAGGAUGUCGACGACGGCGACCUAAACGGCGACGCCGAGGUCGACUUGGACGAUGACUUGAUGGACAAGAUCUCCAGUUCGCCCUCGAUCGAAGAUGGUGGGUCGACCUUCGCUCUCCCGACUCUGUCUCCGGGCAUACACGGACCCCUCCCACCACCAUCGCCAACAUGGCGUGGCCCCUCGCCUCUGCUGAGUGUUUGCGACACGAGGUCAUCUUCCCCAUACCUCGACUGUCCAGACCAUUUGCCGUUGAGGAGAGAGGGCCAGGGACUGCGCCAGCGCGCGGUCGCACUGUCCCCUUCUGUUGCUAGCACAUGUCGCCAUCAUCAUCAUCAUCAUUGUCAUUGUCAAGGUCAUGAUCAUUGUCGUCAUCAUCAAUUUCCGGACGGUGAGUUCGAAGUGGAUACCGCGGCUCAAGACGGCGCCUCAAGCGACUCCCUCAGUGUUCCGGACGAUCUCCACUUCGACGAAAGUUUGCCCUGGGCAGACGAAGAGGAGGACGACUAUGCCGCGGCGGACGAUCGUUGGAAUAAGGAGGAAGGGACAGCAGGAGGUGAAGGGUCGGUGGGUGGAAGGCCGGAUACGGCGAAUCGUGAGACGCAGAACGCCAACGCACUGCACGACUUGAUUGCGCCCUACGAACCGGAUGACAAUGACGAUGAUGAUGAUCUUGGCAACUCUUUCGGGAUCCCCGAGUCUAGAUUCAUUGACUCUGGUUGGGGCGGCGAAUGCUUACAAGACACAGAGGACAUCGACUUCGACUUCGUCUAUGCCCUUCACACCUUCGUUGCCACCGUCGAGGGACAAGCCAAUGCGACAAAAGGAGACACAAUGGUUCUUCUCGACGACAGCAAUAGCUAUUGGUGGUUACUCUCUGCGUCCAUGCUUGGAGAUCAGCCUGACAAGACCCGAAACCCCAUCAGGUCCGCCAUGAAGAGGAGGAAGACCAAAAACGUCCAGUUCGCGGCCCCUACUUAUGUCGACUAUUCAGAUGUGGAUUACUCAAGCGAGGAAGAAGGCGCCGACCCGGAGGCCUCUCCCCAGCAGCAGCAGCAGAAGCAGCAGUCGGAGCAGUCGCAGCAAUCGCAACAGUCGCAACAGUCGCAACAAGCUUCCGGCGACGGGGAAAUGGAAGACGAGACGGCCAAGGUGGAGCCAUUGAAGCCCAAGUCGCAGCAGAAGCAAUCCAAGACGGAUCCGAAACGGCAAGAGUCCGGGGGUGACACCGACACAUCCUCGGCUAACAAGGCGGCCGUCCGGGCGGCUGAGGAGACUUCGGAGGCCAAGACAGAUGGGCCAAAGAAGACGCGCGAUGGCACCGUACGGGAUUCAUUCUUUAAGGAUGACACCGUCGAAACCAAGAAGAUCACGUUGACCCCGAACUUGCUGCGUGAUGACAAUGAGCCACGAGACUCGAGCGAGUUCAGGGAAGUGAGGCAACGCCCGAGCCUGGACAAGCUCGAGAAAGACGGUGUUUUUGGCAAAGACGACAAGAAGAAGAGAAAGGAGAAGGACAAGGAUAAAAAAUCAGGCGGUCUACGGGGGUUCUUCUCUCGGAAGGAUAAGAAGACGAAGGGAGACGAAGACGACGAUUCCUACGGCAAGCGGUCGCUCGACGCAGACGCGCCGGAGAGAGACGUCGAGGAAGACGAGCCACAGGCAUCGUCAGAGAAAUCGGGUCCUCAGAGACAGCACAGCAAGUUACAGAAGCAGCCGAGGGGCGAGCCGUCUCCGACCAGGAGGUCCAACAGCGUCCGGGAGCGGGAGCACGGCAUGGAUGUCAAGUCCUUCCUGUCGGAGGGGCGGAUCAACAACGUGGCGAAUGUCCCCCCGGCAACGAUGCGCCUGGUUGAGUCGAGUCCGAAGGCGUCGCCCCAAGAAAAACCCCGAGAGCAGAGGUCAGGCAGGGAAUCGUCGCCAGUCAAGAGCGCCUCGUCAAAGACCGCGAGACCAGAAGCGCGGCCGGCCAGAACCACUGUCGCGAAGCCUCAUGUGGACCUUGACGACUCGGACAUGGACGACGAGGACACGGCACCCGGCCCGACUCGGCAAGCACCACUGGUAUCCGAGGAGGCAGCUCAGCAAGAACCGCAACCGGAUGCCUCACAAGCCAACACCGCACCGGCUUCCCAACCGACAUCAGCACCGGCGGCGGCACCGGCCGUGAGCAGCGACCCGCGGCGAACGGCCGAGCGGCUGUCGGAAUCGCCGGUCCAGGUGUCGCCGGUGACCAGUGGCAACCCGCCGCCGCUGGUGGGCGAUAGCGCCAGCCAAGGAGAAGACCACGUCUCACCCGCGUCGUCACCCUCGCCGGAACUGGUCGAACACGAGGAGGCCGCAGAGAGGUCGGCCCAGAAGACCUCGACGACCCCCUCAACGAACAGGUCGGAGUCGUGGGACGAUGCCAGGCUCCGGGCCUUCUUCGAUUCGGGCACCGACGUCCGGGAUCUGCUCCUUGUGGUCUACGACAAGAACAAUGUCGACGAUGUGGGUUUGGAUCACCCCAUUGCCGGGUCGCUGUUUAGGGAACAAAAUGCCAAACUGGCCGAGAUUACGACGCGGCUCGAUGAUAUGCUUGGGGACUGGCUCGCCCGCAAGCAGAGGCUCAGAGGCUCCGUUUAA